GCCGACGCUCACAGCGCUUUCUCUGGACACUCCGCACGUAUCCCUGGAUAUUUGCACUCUUCUAUGUGGAACACCUUUGCUAUUUUCUCGUGACUGCAGCCAGGCUGCUCACUACAUCGCUGACUUGAUCGGUCGCAAUCUUUAUUUUGCACUUUACUGAAGAAGCUGGCAUCGGUUAAUCUGCUGUCACUCUAUCAACGAGUAGCAGCUUCAGACUGCCCUAUUUUUCAUUUUGCACCGUAGAUCAGAUUGCUAUAACUGAUGACCACUGUACUUAACAAAUCUGAUGUAAUGUCAGGUUUCUCUCUUUUCGAUUGUAUUUAGUAGCGUUUAUGUCAUACAAAUGUCGUGUGCUGUUUUUCGUGCAUGCAUGCAUCUGUAAUCUCUAUCAGAGCCCGAUGCUCUGAGACUACGUGAAGAUUUCACAAUAGUAUUUUCCUUGUGCAUAGUGCGUUUAGUGUUUUAUUGUCAGUCUUUUGCCUUUUUCGGGACAUUUUUUUUAGUUCAGCUGCUCGUUCAGUACAGUGUUACUGGGGUCUGUCUGUUUUUACGGGUACUUUUUCUGGGAAAAGGCCUUUUUUUUUUUUUUUGCUCCACUAUACAGCAUGCAACACUUUCUUACCGAAAGCUGCCAGAGCUCGACUUGUGAAUCUAAAGCAGAGCAAAGCUGAACAUCACAAGGAGAGAACUAUUUGAUGGAAGAAAAGAAACGUAAAAAGCAAGAAUACAAGACAAAGAAGGAAACUGCUCAGAAAACGAUUACUGAACAGAAAACCAAAGUGCCAGACCCUGUUAAACCCAAUCCCAGCAUUCCUGUCCCUUCGAGCCCCAUUCUGACCCUAAAACUGAUUGUACCUUCCACCACAACCACCACCAGCAAUGGCAAGCGUAGCCCUUCUAAUGCCCUACAGCAGCAGUUACCUCCAUUACAGCAGCCAACUCCCAGAUAUCUACCCAGAGAAGUCCCUCCACGCUUCCGACAGCAGGAGCAGAGGCAGCUACUGAAAAGAGGUCAACCUUUACCUACAGGCACUUCGAACCUGACCUCUGCUUGCACUCAGCCUGGGGUCAUCUCCCCUCCUGAGACGCCGACCAGCAAACGACAUACGGGAUUACCCCAUCAGAGUGGCCUGGGAGCCCAGUACGACAAUUCCCAUUGGAGCAUCCCAGCCACCAAUAGCAGCAGCAACUGGGAUCAAGUUAUCAUUAACCAUAACGACACUGAAGCUUGGCCUUCCAUUUCACACGGCAAGAGCCAACAGACACAAGAAUGCACCUUGGAAACUGAAUGCACAUCAGAGGUCAACCACAACAGUAGCAGUAUUAUUAUGGCUACAGGAGCUAGCCAACAGGGUCAUUACCCAGUCAGCAAAGCCAGCAAUAAUAUCAACUCUAGUAUGGUCUCAAGUCAGGGUGGUCCCACCAAAGACUGGGACUCUGAGGGAAAGGUUGAUUUUUCCAUUGGCAGUAGAGGCCAGUCCACCUGGGGCUCCUCUAAUCUGAACCUAAACCCCAGUGCCAACCCUGCUGCAUGGCCAGCUCUUGGACAUGAAGGGCCUGGGGUAGGAUCAGGCCCCAGUAGCAUGGUUUGCCCAAAUUCCCUUUCUCUUAGUAUGUGUGGCCAAGGAGGAGUACCACCAGCUUAUGGCACCAACGGAAAUGGUAGCAUUGGUUGUGUUAAUGGAAACCUUGUAGGGGACUGUGCAUGGGGCAACCCGGAUAUGCCUGAACAGCAUCAGUCACCUACAAAUGUAUCUUUCAGCAUGAAACCUCCUAACUUUAAAACUGAUGGACCACAUAACACUAAAUCAGAGCCGAUGAGUCCAGUGAACAGCUGGGGAGGAAACCUCAGUCAGUCACCUACUGAGAAAAUCAGUGGAGAUGGAACUGCUUUCUGGGGCAAUAAAGAUGCCAAAAAUGGAGAAUCAAAGGACUGGGAUUCUGCUGGCAUCUCCUCCUGGGGGCAGGGAGGAGCAAGUAGUGGGGACAAUGGUGGGGGCUGGGGCAAUUGGGGCAAAAAGCCAAGCAGUGAGGGCACAGGAUGGGAUUCCAGUGAUGGUCCCCCCCAUGAACCUGUUAGUUCCAGGGGCCCUAAUACUCCAGUAAGUGAGGGCAGCAGGGACAGUAUUGAAGGCCACCCACAAAGAAGAGAGAGGUCCUCAAGUGAGGACAUGGCCCCAUUGCUCCCAAGACAAGACUUGGAUCCACGUGUGCUCUGCAAUUCAGGUUGGGGACAGACUCCAGUCCGACAGCAUACUGUUUGGGAAAUGGAAGUAAGCCCUGAUGAAAAGAAUGAAUCAGGGACUGAGUCCUGGGGGUGUUCCAAAACACCUUCAACUGGACCUGCCCCCCCUCCUCCACGGUGUGCCAAUCCCAACCUCAAUGCACCUCCUAGAAUGGACUCGAUCAAGAGUGAGGGACUUUACCGAGGCAUGCCAAACUCAGACUGGGGAGGAUCAGUCCCACCCUCCACUCAGCCUAACAGUGGAUGGGGGGAACCACCUGCAAAUAAAAAAGUUCCAAAUGGAUCAGUAUGUGGCUGGAGCAAUUCCAUUAUAGAGGAUCCCAACACCAAUGGCUCUAAUGGCCAAUCUUGGGUUUCUGAAGAAAAGGCUCCCAACUGGGAUGAUGGUACUUCUCAGAAGAAAACACAAGGUUGGGGUGAUAGACCCCAAACCAUCUCAGGUUGGGAAAGCAGUGGGAAUGGUGGACAGUGGGGAGACCCCUCCGAAGUGCGAAAGAAUGGCUCUGAUAGUUCCACUUGGGACCCUGACAAUGGCAGCUGGAAAGAAACCCACAGAGGCUGGGGUAAAUCAGCACCAGCACAGGGUUGUGGCUGGGGUGAUGCUCAACAUUCCAAUGGUUCAUCCCAAGAUUGGUGUGGAAAAAUUCAGGAGUCCAACAGUGGAGCUGGAGGCAUGGGAUCAUGGAGUGGCCCAAACUCCGUGAAGCAGAGCAGCUCUGGCUGGGGCUCAGGAGGCCAACAUGAUCCAGGAGAUGAGACCACAGGCUGGGAGGAACCAUCUCCUUCCACUAUUCGUCGUAAGAUGGAAAUUGAUGAUGGAACCUCCACCUGGGGUGACCCCAGUGCUUACAGCAAAAGUGUAAACUUGUGGGAUAGGAAUAACUCUGCCUGCCAGAACCAUCCAGGAACCAGCAACAAUGGCAGCAGUAACAGCCUCACUGGACCAAAUAAUAACAACAACAAUCAUCACCCACAUAAUUGCCAAGGUCCCAGUCAGAACCAUGCCAAUGGCAGCAACAACAGUGGCUCUCCCAAUCAAAGUGAGUCUCCUCACAAUAGGAUGUCAAUGAUGAACCCAGGCUGGGGAGAACGCCCCAAUGUCCAGCCAAACAGGGAACCCUCUUCAUGGGAGGAGCCAAUUCAUUCCAGCCCCUCUGUUGAUAAUGGUACCUCAGCUUGGGGCCAGCCUCCUAGGGGCCUGUAUAAAUCCAGCGGGCCUUAUGACAGAGGUAGUGCACCUGCUGGAUCAGUCCCCUGUCAGGAAGGUCUGAAACAUGUACAAGAUGGCUGGGGAUCAGGAGGGGAAGAAAUUGGCAUGAACACCGGCCAGUGGGAUGCUGAUGAUGGUGACAUGUGGGACAGUCCCACCUCCCAAGACUCCUCUUGCAGCUCCUGGGGUCAAUCUAAGAAGGGCCCACCAAAGGUCAAGCUGUCCAACAAGCAGGAUGAUGUUUGGAUCAUGACCAGACUUAUCAAGCAGCUGACAGAUAUGGGUUUCCCAAAGGAUCCUGCAGAGGAAGCACUUAAGAGCAACAAUAUGAAUCUGGAUCAGGCCAUGAGUGCUUUGUUGGAGAAGAAAACUGAACUUGACAAGCGGGGGAUGGGCAUGUCGCACUACAGUAAUGGAAUAAACAAGCCCAUAGUGUGCCGACCCACAAACCUCUCCAAAGACGCCUCACUGGAUGGCAGGCUGUCAGAUGAUGUUCCAACCUCACCGUUUAUGCCUUCACCUGGCCUCAAGCUCCCACUGGCCAAUAGCAGCCUCCCUAGCCAUGGAAUGGGUGGGGUCUCCUCUGGGCUAUCCAUGCAAAACUUGAACAACAGACAGAUGCAGAAUGGAAUGUUCGGCACUAAUGGAGCAGCACAAACUCGGGUCAUGCAGCAGCAGGCCUCGUCCCCUCAGCCACCAGUGCCACCUCUUGGCUCCACCCAGCCUAAUCUACGUGCUCAAGUGCCUCAGUAUCUCACCCCUCAGGUUCAAGCACAGCUCUUACAGUUUGCGGCAAAAAACAUUGGACUGAAUCCUGCACUUUUAACCUCACCCAUUAACCCUCAACAAAUGACCCUGCUGUACCAACUACAACAACUGCAGGUGGCGUAUCAGCGUUUGCAGAUUCAGCAGCAAAUGAUGCAGGCUCAGCGUACUGUCUCUGGUCCAAUCAAACAGCAAGAGCAGCAAGUUGCACGUACAAUCUCAAACAUGCAGCAGCAGAUCCAGCAGCACCAGCGUCAGCUGGCCCAGGCCCUGCUCAUGAAGCAGCAGCCUCCACCCUCCUCUCAUACAGGCCUGCACCCUAACAUUGGCAAGGCAGGCCUGGAUACAUUCACAGGCCACACCCAGACUUCAGGCCUAUCUGUCUCUGACCUGCAGACCAAAGAGCAGCAACCUUCUCCAAACUCAUUCAGCCCCUAUUCACUCUCUGGCUUGAACCCAAACAUUAAUGUAAACUCUAUGGAGGUGGGCAGUCUCAGUCUCAAAGACCCACCUCAGCCUCCUCAAUCGCGACUCUCACAGUGGACUCAUUCAAACUCCAUAGAUUCCCUGACGGCUGGUACUCAGCACAUGGAGACAAACUUCAAUAAGCAUGGUGCAAUCUCUGCUGUUCAGUCCCAUGUGCCUGUCAGAAAGACCGGAAUGGUGGAUUCUUUCAGCCCAUAUAAUCUUAUGUCAAGCUGUGAAUCCCCGACCAGCACCUUGGUGUCUUCAGAGAGCUGGACACAUGGCAAAAGUCCCAGUGAGAAAAUAUCUAGUGGCUCUAAUAUUAACUGGCCUCCAGAGUUCUGCCCUGGGGUGCCAUGGAAGGGUCUGCAGAACAUUGACCCUGAGAAUGACCCCAACAUGACCCCAGGAAGUGUUCCUAGUGGUCCUACCAUCAACACUAACAUACAGGAUGUGAACCGAUACCUGUUACGUGACAGGUCUGGAGGAAAACUCUUGGAAAUGAAGUCCACCUGGUCACCUGGUCCCAUCUCCCACACACAGACCUCUUUGUCUCAUGAGUUAUGGAAGGUUGCCCCUGGGACACGUAACUCCAGUGCCCCCUCUCGUCCCCCUCCAGGCCUGACAAACACCAAGCCCUCUUCCUCCUGGGGUGGAAACUCACUUGGCCUCAGCCAGGGCUGGCGCAGCUCUUACUCCUCAGAAGGGGGAACCUGGAGCACUGACAGUGCCAGCAGGGCAAGCAGCUGGCUGGUGCUGAGGAACCUUACUCCUCAGAUUGACGGCUCCACCCUACGGACUCUGUGCAUGCAGCAUGGUCCUCUCAUUACCUUCCAUCUGAACUUGACACAAGGAAAUGCUGUGGUACGUUACAGCUCCAAGGAGGAGGCCACCAAAGCCCAGAAAUCGUUGCACAUGUGUGUGCUGGGUAACACUACCAUUCUGGCAGAGUUUGCUGGUGAGGAGGAUGUGAAUCGCUUCUUUGCACAGGGCCAGUCCCUUCCCACCCCCAACAGCUGGCAGGCCAGCCCAGCACCAGGCUCCAAUCAACCCCGGUUGGGCAACCCUGCUUCCAGCCACCCUACUGGACUUUGGUGUGGGGGUGGAGGAAGUAAUAAGGCAGUCUGUCGUAGUGGGAACAACAGCACUGGAAAUGGAGGGGACAUGUUGUGGGGUGGUGUGCAGCAGUACUCCAGUUUAUGGGCUCCCCCAAAUGGAGACGACGCCAGGGUCAUCGGAAGUCCCAUUCCAAUUAACACUCUGCUCCCGGAAGACUUGCUAAGCGGGGAGAACAUGUAGGUUUUUUGUGAACGGCCAUCAUAAUAUGACAAAGUCAAGAGACCUAAUGGAGUAAAACCCAAGCGAAUCAAUGUGGCGAUAAUCACUUGGAGCUGUAAUGACGGAGGAUUAGGUUGAGAUGAAGCUGCAUACCUCCAACUGCUGUUUUUGGUCCUAUAUUUUUUAUGUCUUCAAACUGUUUGUUAUGUUUGUGGGAUCCUGUUCUUAGUGUUCAGAUAUUUUGAGAAGCAAGAAUCAAUAGAAGCAGAAGCCUUUGGGUGCUCUUUUUUGAUCAUUUCCAAAGUUGGUUUUUGCUCAGAAGUGUUGCCAUCAAAGCGGCAUCCAUUCUUAAAGCGACACAGUGAGACCUCAUGACACCUUUCUACUGAUUGGAUUAUUCCUGGUACUUUACAUUUUAAAGAUUGCAUUGUUUCUUCAGAACUUAUAUUAGCCACAAGUGCUCUCUUUCCCCAGGUCCUCAUCAGACAUUUUUAUUUUAUUAAAACCACCACCAACAACAAAGAAAUACUUUGUAUCUUGCACAGUUCUGUUUCUGAGCCAGCAAAUAGGCCAGAGCAAAUGAGAACAACAACAACUCCAAGCAGUGGCCUGUCAGCAUGACUAAUCACCAAUGAUCUUUUUUCUAUUAUUCUUUUAGUUUUACAAAAGGGAGUUACACUGCUCAAUGAUUUAUUUUACCUGCGCCAUUUUCAAAAUAAGUGUUCUUUUAAAACAAUAAGCCGAAUGUCUAGUUUUGAUGUAGAUGAAUGAAUGUUUGUCUGCUGGAACUUGAUCAAGCAUCUGUUUGCGAGUACAUAACCACUGUUAACACUCAGUGGAGGCUUUUUUUUAUUGUACCUAAUGGACUGCAGUGCUGAAUCAAUCAAAAGUUAUUCAGUUACUCUCUGGUGUAUCUGGGCGUACAUUUUAUUGACAUACGAGAGAGAGAAGAAAACUCAUUCUGAUGCAUUGUGCAAUAGAACCCAGAGACCCUCUCUUCCGUCCACACUGAAGCUUACUGAAACUUAAGAAUUUUUUGAAGACUUUUGAAGAAUUUAAACUUUGGACAAAUUUUUCCAUCUAGCCUGUCUGUUCGUCUGGCUUACUGGCUGUUCGGUAUUCUUGUGGAAAAAGAGAGAACUGUUUAAUAUCGCUCCAUGCGGUUUGAAACUUGACAAGACAUGCUGUAUGGGAUUGCAGUCUCCCAGCCACUUAUUCACCAAACAGAAAUGUUGUCCAGAGUGUAGAGACAUGGCACGGGAGUCAGGCACAAUACCAAAUACAAAGGGUUUCUCUUAAUGCAGUACAUAAUAAGAGAUCCUUGCAUUUGGUGCAAACAUAAGACACUUACGUUUUCUAUGUCUCUUCUUAAAGGGGUAUUAUCAUAGCACUUAUUACAUGAGUGAUGCUCCAUCUAUGAAGCCAAUAAAUCAGAUAAUGGAGCGUAUAUAUACAAAAAACAUUUUUACAAAGACUUCUUAUGGCAACUUUUUUUUUUUUUUUUUUUUUUUUGUACCUCACUGGUAUUCAAAAUGCUUUUUGUUUAUUGUUCCUCUCUGGUCCAGAAACUUGAGUGAAAAAUAUAAAAAAUGUCAUAAUGAAGGGAAGAGCAAGACAAAACUCACAACACUUACAAUCAGAAAAAACUUGCAAUGUAUGUUUUUUGUAUCUGAACUUUUUUCCCCCUUACUCUAUCAAAGUGAAUGUUAUUGUUACUCUGAAAUUGUCGUAAGCCUUUACUUUGUCUGGAGGAGGAGCCACCUGGAUUAGGUGUGUGGGGAGGACCCUGUUUGACUAGCUGUGUGGCGUUUUGGUGCCUCUUUGUGAACUGUGGAAAUGGAUUGGGGAACGUUGGUUCUCCAUAGCGACAACUCCCUCCACGCACCUAGUACAAUGGAAAUCAGUAAAGGACAGUAAAGUUGUCUAAAUGAUAUAGAACUUGCCGUCAUUAUCAUUCAUCUUUGUGUAGUGAACACUUAGCUAUGGAUCAUGGAAUGUUCCCUCCUGUGAUUUUAGUGCUCCUAGCCACACAGCUAAAGCCAAAACUCUCUGGAUUACAUCACACCUCAGAAGACUCUCACUUCGUAAUGACCAGCCCUUGUGUAUGAACUCACUUCCUCUGGAAUAGCCAGUGUUGUGUUAUGUGUUCUGAGCUUUUUUUCCUCUUUCUGUUGGUCAUCAUGCAGUGGUCUUUCACUGCCUGCAAAAAAAAAGGUGCCUUUGUGUACCUGUCCUUUGUUACGAAUGCAAACGACGAUCGAUGCUUUGGGACAUAUUCGAUUUUUUUUCUUUCACAACAUGUCAAAAGUCUUUUAUUUUGUUGUUAACAGUGUUUCAAAUUACUUAUAGUAUCAUAGGUCAUUUAGAAUAGGGGCUCUUUUAUUUAUAUGCGUGUCUGUGCGCAUGUAACCUCACCCUGGGUGUCCCACCUCUAACUCAGCUGCUAACAUCCACUUUCUCUUUUGUGGCCUCAAUGAUGCCCUGUAUGAGCAGUAUUUCAAUAGACAGACUCCUUCUGCCACUGGCUCUUUAACUACAUCACUCAAUGCUGUUACUAUGCAAAGUUAGAGAAGAUGGGCAUGUAAUGUCCGCCCUGUGAAACAUAGUGCCAAUCUGUGGCUUUGAAAGGAUUUUUUUUUAUAUCUCGCUGUCCUCCCAUACCUUACUGAAUUCUUAAGGCCAUUGUCAUCCUUAUGAAAAUUAGGAUGUUGUCUGACACUAAGUCAGCUCAAUACAGUUUUAUUUGGGGAGACCUGUGUGUUAAUUCUGCUGAAUUUGAUAAACCUAAUUUCAAUACAAUCUCAGGGCAUGACAAGAUAUACUAAAUUUAUCUUUAAUAAAAAUGAAGAUUAUUGUUGUAAGCCAUUUUAUACACGAAAUAGCGUGUAUAAGACUUACAAAUUAUUCAUUAAAGAAAUGCAAAAGGAUAUUUAUCAGUGGGACAAUAAAAUUAGGAUGAUGGCUUAUUAUGGGUCUUCUCAAUCCUUCUGAACAGGGACUGUUGCAGAGUCAUCAGACUUUCAGAUUUUGAAGUAGUUUUGAAGAGAAUAACAGGGACCUGUUUAUCUUACCUCUCUGCUGCUGGUUGCGUUGCAAUUUUUCCCUCAUGGUCUCACGUGCCAAUGUAUACAAUUAUAUAUAUAUACAGUACACUUGUGGCAUCUCUGACUGAAUUUGGCCACAUCUUAAAUUCCAUGUCUUCUUGUCCAAAUGUCUUGUUUUGUUUAAGAGCACUUCUGUUUGGAGGCACUUUGAAGUUUCUUGUGUGUUUGAGGUGGGAUUGGGUUAAGGGGGUAGAGGAUAUUUGUUAGAAAAUAAGACCUCAAGCUGAUUGUGAUAAUCCUGUUGCUGGCAUUGGAAGAAUCCUUUUAUAUAUAUAUAAAAAAAGUGAUAACUUUAAUAGCAUUGGGGAUUCAAGGCUUACAGGUAAUGAACAAUCCCUGGUACUUUUUUUGAAUACCAAAAAUUAAGUAGCGUUUUAAUAUCUUUUCUAAGUUUGACAAAAACAUCUAAACAAUGAAGGGAAAAAUUAUUCUGUAACAAUUAAAACUGCACAUCUUACUGUUAUAACCUCCUGUUUGCCAGUUUAACCUUCCCUUAUUCUGCAGGUUGACAGCAAACUGGAGUGCCUUUUGUGUAUGCUGUAUUAACUGUUUGUUUGUUUAAAAAAAAAAAAAAAACAGGCCCCUGAAGAGUACAUUUCCAUCUCAAAUCGUCUCAGUUUGUUUUCAGGCCAUUGUGCUGUAUAAAUUAACCUUUUUCCUCUUGGGAAAAGUCAUUUCAACAGGCUAUGAAUCACUGUUGCCUGUGUGUGUAACUGCCUUUUUCCCAACUCGUUCACAAUUGACUGAAAGUGAACCACAAUGUGGCUGUAAUUCCAAACAGUGAAUCAUCACAGGAAGUCUCUGGUGACACCAGCAUGGGUAAACUAUAACUACAGCUAAACAUUAUCCUGUGUAUUAUCACGCUUGCUCAUGUAGAAAAAUGCUAUCAGAUCGCUAAAUCCCCUUUUGAAACCACUGGGCAAAAUGUAAUUUGAAAUAAGCAAUAGACCUUGAUCCUUAGAAUAUGUCUUCUGAUAAUUUGCCCAAUGGAAAAGGUUUGAUUGAUGAUAGACCUGAACAAACUUAUCGAAGAAUGCAUGUUGGUAUUAGCUUAAAUUUAAUAAUCAAUAUUUAAUUAUAUUGUUCCAGGUAAAGAAAGAAAAAUUAUAAACAUAUCAAGAGGAAUAUCUUUACCAAUACUUGAAUUAAAUUGCGCCAAUAACAAAAUGUGAAUUUCUUUUCACUUUCUCUCUCUCGCUUACUCUCUCAAAUUUUAGUUUGGGACUGACCCUUCUAAGGUAGUUGAUAACAUGCUUGUAAUGUUUAACAUUGUUCACAUUAAGAAAAUAUAUAAUGUACUUCUGAAUGGUUUUGGUUUAAUGGUUCUUUCUGUACGUGUGCUUUCUAAUGAUACUGCUUCUUGUCAGGCACGGCUACCUACAGAUGUGAUCCAUUUAGUUUGUUGUACUGUUUCUGAGUUUGUCUGUUUGUUUGCUUUUUUUUUUUUUUUUUUUUAUGUGUUUGAAAACUGUUCUGACAUGGUUACUAUCUAGAAUCCCUGGCUCAACCCAUCAAAAAAAAAAAAAAAAAAAAAUGUAGGGGAUAUGAUGACAAUUCACGUGUUAAUGUUUACUCAAGGACUAAAUGGAUUUUUUUUUUUUCUUAAAAUGUUUCAAACCUGUAAAAUUGUAUCCUCAUAGUGGCUUUUAUUGUGAGAUAAUUCCAAGUCUUUUUUCUUUCUUUUCUUUUUUUUAGUGCUGUGUCAUUUAAAUAGAAUUAUUGAAAAAAAAUAAUAAUAAUCUGAAAUUUUGCCAUAGUAAGAAAAAGUUGAGAAGCAGAUGUUACAUACAUGGAUAGACAGAAAAGAUGUCCAGAUGCGAGUUAUUGACAUUCUUACUCUAUCUGCCAUUUACAAAGUGAUUUGUCUAAAAUUAGAAGAAGAAAAAAAUAGGAGAGAAAAGGAAUUACAAGAAUGUAAGAAACCCUACAGACAAUUACAGCUUCCAUCAAAUAAUAAUAAUAAUACUACACUUUUCAAAUGAAGAUGUGUGCUACUUGCUGAACUCUGGGAUUGUUUCAGUGUUGUUGUAUUUUGCUUUUGAAUUACUUUGUUGUUCUUAUUGCUAUUGGAUUAAUUGAUGCCUAAAUGUCUUUACAUUUUUGUUUCUGUAAAAGCAAAAAUGUUCUGUCACCGUCUUGUGCACUAACAAUGGACUUGGAAAUUUUCUCAGGAUUAUUAGAGGUCCAGAGUUCCAUUUAAAAUUAUGAUUAUCAUGAGACUUUAACAAUUAAAUUAAUAAAAGAGGGGGAGGGGGGGCUCUAAGCACUGAAGGUUAUGGAUUUAAAAAUGUCUUUUUGAAUUUGAAUCCAUAGCAGACACACAUUUACCAAAUAUCAGAUUUGAAAUUAUCUUAUGUGUGCUAUAUUUCUUGAAGUAGAGUACUUUCCAUUUAAAAUACAUUUGUCUUUAUCUAUGUGUUACAAACAAAUACAGUUGUGAUUAUUGGUUAAGUUGUAGAAGGACCUGCCACUGUUUGAUUUUAACUUGUCUGAUGGUUCUCAGCCAGGUCCAGUAAAAGAUGCUCAAUAUUUCAUCCUCUGGUCUUUUCUUGUUUAGGAAAUUCAGAGGCCUGUAUGCAAAGGCCUGAGAAUUGUAGAACACACAUUCUAGGACUUGAUCUUUUUCCUGAUUUGUUUUUACUAGUUGUUGAGUGUGGGUUGAAAAUACUCCAUGUAAACACUCUAUCUAGAUUUUAAGACAAAAUGGUGAGGAAAGAAGUUGUGAAAGGAUUAAGAAUCUAUGCACAAGUUUUAGGGGAGAGUAUGUUCAGACAUGCUAUGCUUACAAGGUUUUUUUUUUUUUUUUGAUGGGUGGGGUUGUCAUAUACUUGUUUAGAGUAUCUUUGUAAGAGGUUUCAUGUGAGUAAGUAUUCAUUUAAAUCCUCAUGCUCUGUGUCUAUCAACCAAGGAUCAUCAUCAACCAAGCACUGUGGGUUUAUGCCAAUCCAUGACAUUGAAGUGUUGGGAUGGGUUGUAAUGAAGUGGGAUUGGGAAUGGGGAUUUAUUUUUUCCUUUUUUGUUGACAUAUUAAGAACUUGACUGUACUGAUAUUUAACAAUGUUGCUGGCUUUUAAAGAAAAAAAAUCCUUACCCUUAAAAGAAUGUGAUCGUUGAGGACUUGCGCCGAGAAAGUCUUACCAUGUGUUAUGGAGAUUAGUUCAGCCUAUAUUAAUAA